AUGGCACCAAUGGCGCUGACCCUCAUCUUGGGUUGGUGGCUGGUGGCAGCCAGCAGGGCAGAGCACCUGCCCCGACCCUCCCUGUCACUGCACCCCAGCCAGGGGGUGUCCCUGGUGGACAAUGUCACCUUGCGGUGCCACCUGCCCCGGCCGGCUGCCCGGGUCAUGCUCUACCAGGACAAAUGCUGGAGAACCGAGAAGGAGAAGGAGAAGGGGCAGACCACAGUGGAGUUCUCCUUUCCUAACACAAAGUGGACAGACUUGGGUGUGUACCAGUGCCAAUACCGGGUGUUGGAUCCACCUGGAACAUCAGAGCAGAGUGACCCCGUGGAACUGCUGGUGACAGAUCACAGCUACCCCCCACCUGGCAUUUCCCUGAGCCCCGAGGAACAUGUGGAGAUGGGGACCAAUGUCACCAUCCAGUGCUGGAACUACGGCUAUCAGGGCACCAUCUUCCUGCACAGGGACGGCCACUCAGCCCCUGUCCAGUGCCAAGACCCCGAUGGUGUCAGUACGGCCACCUUCACCCUCUUUGGGGUGACCCCAGCAGAUGCUGGCAACUAUAGGUGCUCCUACCGCCCCGGGGGAUCCUACUUUCAGUUCUCACCCCUUGGGGACAAUGUGACACUGAAGGUGACACCCGGUCCUGCGCACCCAGGUGGCACGGAGCAGCUGCACGGGAACAUGUUGGCAGCAGUGGCGGGGGGCUGUGCUGCCACCCUCGUGUUCAUCCUCAUCCUCAUCCUCUUCUUCCUCCUCUCUGCCCGCAGACGCCGGAUGUGGACAGAUGAGAGCCAUGGUGCCCCCAGAAUGCCCGAGGCCGUGCAGCUCCAGGUGCCCCCAAGUGACAGCGAGAGUCUGACCUAUGUCGAGCUGCAAGCUGAGCCCCCCAGCACUCGGCUCCCUGCUCCCCCUGCUUCCCCACAGCCCUCUGUUAUCUACGCUCAAGUGCGCACUGGGGGAGCCCGCUGAUGUCCCCCAUUUUUGUGGACAAACACGUGGAUGUUGUGUGCCAUGUGCACUUCAUCUGUGCAGAGUGCUAGUGUCUUGGGUGUGCUCACAAUCACAUGUACACUACAUGCAUGUGCCACUGCAUGUGUUCAUGUGUAUUACAUGUGUGUACACCAUCACAUGUCCUCAAUUCAUUUACAAACGUGUGCUUCGUGCUCUG